AGCUUUCGGGGAACACUUCCGGGUCACUCCCACCCUGUCACCUCGGGGGUUCUGGUUAUCUUGCUGCUGCGGUGUUUUCUGGUACCUGCCUCUGGCGUAGGGGUCCUUUGUUUUCUCUUAUAGUUUAGGACUUCCACUUCUCCCACGAUAGUUACACGAAGACAUAUAUGCCUCUCCUCCCAGUCUCCAUGACACAGGGCUGGCUAGUCGGUUUCCGUCCUUGUGCGCAGUCUCUCUGCCCGGAGCUGCGCAGGAAAGGACUUUACUAGAGCAUCCUUUGGAGAAAGUGUCAUGGAUGUUCUCCGCCCACAGAUUAUAACACUCGAUGGACGGAAUUACAGGAAGAAUCCCAUCCAGGAAAAGAACUAUCACCAUGAAGAAGAUGAGGGUUUCUAUCAAGACUCCAUGGAAUAUUCUGAUGAGCCCUGUGAUGCCUAUGAGGUACAGCAGAUCCCUCAAGGAUUCCGGGCCACUGUCAGUGCCCCUAGCCUGCUCUACAAGCACAUAGUUGGAAAGAGAGGGGAUACCAAGAAGAAAAUAGAAAUGGAGACGAAAACAUCUAUUAACAUUCCUAAACCUGGACAAGAAGGACAAAUUGUGAUUACUGGUCAGCAUCGAAAUGGCGUGAUUUCAGCCCGAACUCGGAUUGACGUUCUUCUGGACACGUUUAGAAGGAGGCAGCCCUUCACUCACUUCCUGUCCUUCUUCCUCAGUGAAGUUGAAGUGCAGGAAAGAUUUCUGAAGUUCCAGGAGGAAGUGCUGGAGAAGUGCUCCAUGGAUCGUGGGGUUGACAGCUCCAUUUUUCAGAAUCCCAAAAAGCUUCAUCUAACUAUUGGAAUGUUGGUGCUUUUAAGUGAACAAGAGAUCCAGCAGACGUGUGAGAUCCUGCAGCGUUGUAAAGAGGAGUUCAUCAACGACAUUACUGGUGGCAAACCCCUAGAAGUAGAGAUGGAGGGGAUUGAGUACAUGAACGAUGAUCCUGGUAUGGUGGAUGUUCUUUAUGCCAAAGUCCACAUGAAAGAUGGCUCCAACAGGUUACAGGAACUAGUUGAUCGCAUGCUGGAGCGCUUCCAAGCACUGGGACUGAUCGUGAAGGAUUGGACCAGUGUGAAACUACACGCCACGGUCAUGAACACUCUCCUCAGGAAAGACCCCAGUGCUGAAGGCAGAUACAAUCUCUACACACCAGAUGGCAAAUACAUCUUCAAGGAAAGAGAAUCAUUUGAUGGCCGAAACAUUUUAAAGACAUUUGAGAACUUCUACUUCGGUUCCCUGAAGCUCAAUUCCAUUCACAUCUCCCAGAGGUUCACAGUGGACAGCUUUGGGAACUAUGCCUCCUGCGGACAGGUUGACUUCUCCUGAAGUGGGAGAAGAGCAGAGAACCGUGGCUGCAGCAUUGGGAGCCUGGAAGUAUGGAGGCAGCAGCACUCCGGCCUCCAGCUGACCAGCAGAGGAGGGAGCUGCAGCCUACACUUCUCCCCUCUGACCCUCGCUUCUCCUCCUCAUCGUUUUCUUUCUUGUUCUUCGUUCCUUAUCCUCAAGACCCCUCCUUUCUGUGAAGUCUGCUCCUGAGCUCUGUGUCAAGAUCACCAUGCUGUGGAGAUGGGCUUCUCUAUGGGGUGGGACAGAACAUCCACAAAUAAAUGAGAUUCCCAAGUUGCA